GGGCGUUGCCACAUCUCGGCAGCUGUCAAAUUGUAUCCAAAUGACAAUAACACGGAAUUGCACAGGGAGCUUUUCCGCACAACGAUGUUCGUUUAAAAUAGAGAGUGUGCUGAUAUUCCUCACCUGACCUCUCUGAUCACCCUGUCCCACAUCACAAUGGAGACAACCAACAGCUAUGUGCUAAUCCAUGGGAAGAACAUCUCCCAUAGCACUCUGACAGGGCCUGCUGCAGGACCUCACAUGUCCAUAGACAAGCUCUUCCCAGCUCUCCUGGAGUGCUUUGGCAUCAUACUGUGUGGCUAUAUAGCAGGCAGGGGUGACAUCAUCACAGAGAGCCAGGCUAAAGGUUUGGGGAACUUCGUAUCCAAGUUUGCUCUUCCAGCGCUGCUUUUUAAAAACAUGGUGCUAUUGGACUUCAGAAAUGUCAUAUGGGCAUUUCUGUGGAGUGUCUUGGUUGCUAAGGUGACAGUCUUUGUGCUGGUAUGUGUGCUGACACUGAUGGUGGCCAGUCCAGACAACAGAUACAGCAAGGCUGGUCUGUAUGCCAUCUUUGCUACUCAGAGUAAUGACUUCGCCCUUGGAUACCCUAUAGUUGAUGCUUUGUAUCGAAGUACAUAUCCAGAAUACCUCCAGUACAUAUACCUGGUUGCUCCUGUAUCCCUCAUGCUCCUCAAUCCCAUCGGCUUUGCUCUUUGUGAGGUGCAGAGGUGGAGACAGGCCAGCCAUCCACAGCGCAGUACUCUUGGCAUCCUGGGAGUUGUUGUCUUACAGGUGUUGAAGAACCCAAUAGUGUUCAUGGUGAUAGUGGGAAUCAUCUCUCACUUUGCGCUGGGCCAGCAGAUCCCUGCUGUGUUGUCAGAGUUUAUAGAUGGUCUCGCCAACUCUUUUGGAGGGGCAGCGUUGUUUUACCUUGGCCUCACUAUGGUUGGUCAGCUUAGAAAACUAACCAGAGACACUGGAGUUGCCUUGAUACUGCUCAUCACAGCCAAACUCUUGAUAAUGCCACUGGUCUGUAAAGACAUGGUGGAUAUUCUGGACACUGGAGUGAACAGCACAAGUGCCAAUCACACAAGUUUGUCCAACUUUGCUUUCUUAUAUGGAGUUUUCCCAACAGCCCCCAGUGUGGCCAUCUAUGCUGGACACUAUAACAUGGAGUUAGAAGUGGUAACGUCAGGGAUGGUAAUCAGUACAUUCUUGUCGGCACCAAUCAUGUAUGUGUCCGCCUGGCUAUUAACAAUCCCUUUAAUGGACCCAACCCCCCUGGUUACAGAGCUUGAAAAUGUAAGCUUCAACAUCAGCAUUGUCAGCCUCAUAGCUCUGGUGUGGACCAUAGCGGUGAUGCUGCUCAGCAGGAAAUUUAACAAACUCCCUCACCUAUUUGCGCUAAAUCUAUUCCUGGCCCAGUUCCUAGUGUGUGUUAGUAUGAUCCUGUGGAACUUCUUGGUGAAACAAGAGGACAACCUGCUCGGCAAAAUUCUCACCUUCACUUUGCUCUAUGGGUCUCUUUACAGUACAUACAUUUGGACAGGUUUAAUCCCUCUCUGUCUGGCUCUGACUAACAGAGAUGAUCUGCUGAGACUCCGACCAGGAGUCUUCAUGAUUUUGGGUUGGGGGGUUCCUUUCCUAAUGGUUGGCGGUCUUCUCAUAUCAGGAGAGAGGACUGAUACGAUAGACUCUGCCUUCUUCUAUGGCAGAGCCCAGAUAAUCAGCACUGCAGUAAUUCUUGCGGUCAGCCUGGUUCUCGGUGCAAUAUCUUUGAUGGGUCUCAGCCAGGGAGAAUGGGAGCAGAGCGGCUACCAAGCCCUGAGCAGAGCUACUGUAACGGGUAUCAAUGAUGAGGUGAGGGUCCCUGGUGGCCUGGAGGAUUCACACCAACAGCAAGAGCAGACACAGUUGUCAAAUUCACCUGCCUGUGGUAUCAACUCGGACCUCCACGGUUUCUCUCCUCUCCAGCCUAUACCUGAUAUGAUAGCCAGUACACAGAGGGACCACACGAACAGCACAGGCCACAUUGGGGCGCUGUGUGAUGGGCAUCAGCAAAGUACUUCCUCGUCUGAGCAGCCGCUGAAUCUUCCACCACCCGGGCUUCAAGCCACAGACGAUAAACAGACUGUGAGACAUGUUCUGCUCUGUCUGCUGCUCAUUGUCAGCCUGCUAGCAAACCUGUCCAGCUGUCUGUGGUGGUUGUUCAACAAAGAUCCAGGAAGGCUCUACCUUGAACUACAGUUCUUCUGUGCUGUGGCUAACUAUGGACAGGGCUUUUUGUCCUUUGGGAUUUUUGGUCUGGACAGACACCUAAUCAUCUUGCCUUUUAAGAAGAGAUUGCUUAGCCUGUGGCAGGGCAGGGACAUUGAUGAUUUGAGUCCCUCAGGUGUACCAGAGGAGGUCAGGCUCACCUGUACUCAGUUUGUCCGCUACCACAAAGACCAGUGUGUACAAGACAUAGUACACACACGCAGGUUUGGAGGAGGACUGGAGGAUGAAAAUGAAGUUCGGAGACAUUCCUCAGCCCAUGAACCCCUUUACCUAAACACAAAUUCUAGUGAUCAGGGUCAGCUGAACGAUCACUCACAGAUUCUUAACCGAAACCACAAUCCAGAUAAAUCCAGCAGCCAGUGUUUGCUUCCGAAUCGACCCCACCUAGAGCCCGAGAAUGAAUUGCAAGCGCAUAUUUCCAACCCUGAUGCACCAGAAACCUCCCUUGACCAUGAACCCACCAAUUCUCAGCAUGGUAAUGCUUCAAGCCCUCCCCAGUUUCAUCAGUAUCCCCAGUCCCAUCUUGAAAAUGUGUUCCGAGGCAGUGACUUAGUAGAGUGGCUGGUGGAACGAGGCCUCAGCGCUGGACGAGCCGAGGCACAGCUGUAUGGCGCCCGUCUUCAGCGGGGAGGAGUGUUGACAGGUCAGCACAGCUUCAAGGAUGAACCCAACUUUCUUUAUCACUUCAUGCAGCCAAGACGGGAGGAAGAGUAGGAGGGAACAAGAUGAUGAAAGUGAUGAACAAAGCUUUCGGCAUACCAAGCGACAGCCACCAUAGCUGAGUGCCAAAGCAGAAGUGCCUUAUGGUGCAGCUUCUUCAAAGGUCACUUAAGGUUGAAUCUGGAUCAUAUGAGAUACUCAUUUGCCCACCAGAAUUGGGUUAUUUGUCCCUGUAUAUUCAGGGUGGUUCCCAGUUGAAUAUCAACUUGUUAGCUAAUCGGAAGAGAGGUUGCGUUUGCAGUUGCUUUAGAACAGGGGUGGGGAACUCCAGACCUCAAGGGCCGGUGUCCUGCAGGUUUCAGAUGUGCCCUUGAUCCAACACAGCUGACUCAAAUGGCUAAAUUACCUCCUCAACAUGUCUUGAAGUUCUCCAGAGGCCUGGUAACGAACUAAUAAUUUGAUUCAGGUAUGUUGACCCAGGGUGAUAUCUAAAAGCUGCAGGACAUCGUCCCUUGAGGUCUGGAGUUCCCCACCCCUAUUUUAUUUUCAUCGAUUAUUUUGCUCUCAGUUUUCUCACUGGGAUCAGUCUGAGAUGUAAACAGUAUAGAAUCAGUCCCAAUUGUAGCAGGUAAAAGUUUUAUUUCCUUGAUUGCUUUCUGGAUAUAUUUUUCAAAGAAAUUAACUUAAAUGACCAUGCUUAAAUAAAUAAUAUUUAAGAUAAGCAUGCACGUGGUGAGAAGACCAGAAAAGCCGUCAGUAAACUGAUGGGACUACUCAAUGACAGCCUGUGACAUUUCUAUCAAAGAACAAUGUCAUAUUUUCUUUCAGGGGAUAUUAAAGCGUCCAGAAUCUGCCUGUUAGUUAUCAUUUUGCACGCUGUGUCUUUUAAAAGCUCCAGUCUAUGCUGACUACUUGCAUGACUCAGCAGUAUGGACUUCUCCUCAGCAAUGAGCUGUUUGCACUAACUGAAUAAAUACAUUCUUCACUUUUUUUUUUUUUUAAAUUAUGCAACUCACUGGAUAGCUGUCUCUUGGUGAUGCUGCAGAGGAAGUUUGUUUUCUUUGCAACUGUAAUUGUGUUGCAGCUGUUUAGUUUCAAAUAUUUGUUCAGGACUGAUUUUGAAUUCACUCAUCCAUGGUGGAGCACCACCUCAUAUGGGCUUAAUUUGAGAAUUCAGCCAAAAUUCCUCUCAUGUUCUUUGCCUUUGAGCCCAACCUACACAACAGAAGACAAAAGCACGUACAGUAGUUAUUGGGAUGAAAAAUCUGUCCAUUUGAAUGAAAGACAGGUAAAGCCAGAGGGCUCACGUUGUCACAGAUACAGUCCUGUUUUUGUUUCAAAUGGCUUCUCUUUCUUUACAAACCACUGCUAAACUGUUUACACCUGUAAUAAAGUUCCACUACUCUGUCCAUUUAAAAAACAAACAAACAAAAAAUCCUGUUCAAAAUGUGUCGAGUCGACUUCUCUGUGAAUAGUGAAUACGAUCCCAGUAGUGCUCCAGACCCAGUGUGUUUCCUUUGCGUUUGGAAAUCGCAGAUGUGCAUUUGAAAGUUGUCAAACUGGGCUGUUCAAGGAGUGUCAUCCUCAGGUAACAUUAAAGCAGGCUUGAGCCGAAUUUAAAAAAAAAAAAAAAAAAUUAAAUGGUUGUUUGAUGCAAUUUUAUUAUUAUUGCUUUUUAAGUGGGCAGAGUUACAAAACUGUGUGGUUGCACUUUCGUAAAUGCCUGUUACGUUGCUGCUGUUUUACACUAUUGCUACUAUGAAGUUUACAGUGUGUUGGCGAAGUUAUAGAAGGUGGAUGGUAAUAUAUGCAUGUUUAAAAAAAAAAAAUGUCAGGGACACAGAUCAUGUUAAUGUCAAACUAAUGUUUGCUGUGAUUUUUUUUUUUGUUGACCUACUAAUGUAUUUGGUCCCCAUGCAUAUAUUUCCAUCUUUUGAUCCUCUGCCAACAAACAUCAUACUGGUUCAUGCAAUCAACAUCAGGUCCUUGUGUUUAUGAUGUUUGAUAAAAAUGUGAUUUACCUUUUUUUUAAAGAGUGCCUGCCUCAGUUAACAUGAAGGUGUGUGUGUGUGUGUGUGUGUGUGUGUGUGUGUGUGUGUGUGUGUGUUUGCAUGAACAAAAAUGUCUGCGUUUCUGUGUGGAGUGUGUAUGCACGUGUUGCAAAGCACUGAGAUAAAAUAAGACAUUUUAAUCUCGGUCAGCAGGUUCAGUGUAACAGUGGAUGUUUUUAGUGUGUUGCUUUAAGUUAGUCGGGGUCAGUGACUGUAACAGAAGGCAUAAAUUAAAAACGUUUGCAUCCAAACUCGUUUUUACUUCAUCACUAAACUCGAUUAUUGAUUCUAAUUGGAAAUUCACAAGUAAAACGACAAAGUAAAAAAACAUAUUAGAUUUUUCUUACAUUACAUAAAACCACAGAAUAUAUAAAUGAUGGAUAACUCCACCAUGAUGUCCCAUUUUGAAGUGUGCAGAUGAGCCUGUAAUUUCAUCACUAGGCCGCUUCCCAUAGGCUCCCACAGUACUGAAAAUCUUUUUUGCCCCAUGAUGGGCAUUAAAUAGAAGGUUUAAGUCAAAAACAUUGGCUUCACUUUUCAGAUUUGUAAGCUAAAUCCAUCAUUUCUGCUGUCUAUGGCUAAAACAUGAUGGAGGGGGGAAGAAAAGCUUUUUUAACAAACAAGAGGAAAAUAAAAAUCCUCUUCCACCCACACAAAAAGCCUUUUAAAAAUAAAGGCAGCAUACUUACCAACUCCCCAGCCCCCCAUAAAUGUGUCAUUUCACGCUGCUGAUAAAAAAAACCUUGAAUUUAUUUAUUUAUAUCAUGCAGCUUUGACAAAAUUGCAGAUAAAAAUAAGUUAGGCACUUUGGGUGUUUUUCACAUUCACAAAUCAGGGAAAGCAGGAAAAGUUCACACACUGGGAGGCUACAUUAUAAAAUGUGAUACUCUAAAUUCUAAACUGUAGUAUAUUGUUGAAUAUCAAAAAACAUGUAUACAUUUACUCAAACAAUUUGAAAUGAGGAUGAUCAUGAAAUGCCUCUAAAAUACACACCAGACAAUUCAGAUUUGUAAGGUUUGUCAUUUUCUCAGUUAAGGUUAUUUGUUGCCCCUCUGUUGCACCUAACCUUUGUUUUUGUGUGUUUUCUUUCAUGAUAUAAAUAAAAAGCUAGAUUUUAAGACUCCUUUCUAAAGACUUUCUUCUCUCAAACAUUGACUUAAUAAAUAAAGAACAAUUCCAGUCAAAUGUAAAGUGCAACACCAAACGUGUUAAUAGGAGCACAUUAUAUGAUUUUCUCAUGUCUGUAGUUUAAAUAUUUAAAAAUGACACAA